CACCUAUUAAGUUGGUUCGCAACCCGCCAUAAAAUCUAAAGAAGAAGAAGAAGACGAAGAAGAAGGCCAAACAUGGCGGCGUGCACAAGGAGGGCGCGAGAGAUGACGGGCUUGUUACAAGUUUUAAGAAAUUUACCACAGAGCAAGCGAUUUAUCUCGACGUCUGUUUUGAGGCAUGCUGCGACGUCAGAUGGACCACCAAAAUUCACCCCUCCGACAAAACCUGUCAUCAUAGACAAAACACAAAGCGAGGCAUCUCUGCGACGGUUUCUGAGUCCAGAGUUCAUCCCUCCUCGUCAGCGCACAAAUCCUGUGAAGUUUUCCAUAGAACGGAAAGACAUGAUACAGAGACGGAAAGUUCUCAACAUUCCAGAGUUUUAUGUUGGCAGUGUCUUAGCAGUGACCGUGUCUGACCCUCAUGCGGGUGGGAACCUGAAUCGCUUUGUUGGGAUCUGCAUUCAACGCUCUGGAAAAGGACUGGGAGCUACUUUCAUCCUUAGAAAUGUGGUUGAUGGACAAGGCGUGGAGAUAUGCUACGAGUUGUACAGUCCACGUCUGCGGCAGAUUGAGGUGUUGAAGCUGGAAAAGAGACUGGAUGACAAUCUCAUGUACCUGAGAGACGCGCUACCUGAGUACAGCACUUUUGACUUUGAUUUGAAACCUGUCCAUUUUGAGCUCACUGGAGAUGUCCCAGUCAAUUCAUUGAAAGUAAAAAUGAAGCCUAAACCAUGGUCGAAACGUUGGGAGCGUCCAAAGUUUAACAUUCAGGGGAUCCGCUUUGACCUAUGUUUGACCUCAGAGAAGAUGGAGCAUGCUCAGAAGUGGGCUGAACCUUGGAGGCAGUACGAUAUGCUGCGGGAAUAUGACACAUCCAGCCUGGAGGAGCAGAUCCUACAGGAGGUACAAGCAAACCUCAGCAAGUGAGCAGUCAACAGGGAAAGAAUCCAUAUAAAGGGCCCUGGGGCAGAUAUGGCAACUGAUUGAGUCAAGAUGCUGAAAAGGUUUGAAUUUGAGAAGGGAAAAUGUGUUCAGGUUGGCAAAAGACUCAUCCAUUUAUCCACCCAUCCCAGUUCUGGUGUGUGCUUCAAAUUGGAUACUGGAGAUGCAUUCGGAAGAACAAACAUUGGUGCCUGGAAAAAUCUUUUUGUUUAUUUCACACAUUGAUAUGUACAUAAUGUAUCUCACCUGCACAACAUGUUUUAAUGCUGGUGCUUAUAUACAAAUAACAAUAGUCAAUUAAAAAUGACUCAAUAAUUGCUUUGAUAUUAUUUAUCAUUAUCUUAUCUGUCUCAUCAUGUGUCUACAAUGGAGUGUCUUUUUGAAAAUUGUAUACAGUGGUCCUUCUGCCUUGCAAUUAGUCACUCUGACCAAUGGAGAGCAGUAGAGAACACAUGAAUAUUAAUUUCUAAAUUGUAAAUAAAAUAUCCUUCAAACGAAAAAUUUUCGUUUUUUUUUUUUUUUUUUUUUUAAACAAUGUUUGAAAUGAUUACGGUUUAAUUCUGAAACUGAGAUGAAUCGCGAUUAUUUUAUUUUAUUGACAGCUAUAGUUUUAAACCAUAAGAAAUAAAAACUAAUCUGUAUAUAAUUGAA